AUGUCCCAAAAUUCGAAUCUGAUGCGCGAAGUGCGCCUAUUUGAGAACCAUUCGGAGCGAGAGCAAAUGGAGAAUUUAUCGGAGCUUUUUGCAGUUCUAAACGCUUUGGAGCACUUGGAGAAGAUGUUCAGUAGAGAUCAUGUGACAGCUGACGAGUACAAAACCGAAUGUUUCAAACUAAUCGAUCAAUACAAAGUGACGAUGCGUUUGGUGCAUGGAGCAACGAGCAUCGAGGAAUUCGCCAAGAAAUAUCGAUUACAUUGUCCGGCGGCGAUUGAGAGAAUUCGAGAAGGACGGCCGAUUACGGUGAAGGAUGAUCAGGGCAAUGUUCUCAAACAUAUUGCUUCUAUUGUUGAGCAAUUCAUCACAUUCCUGGACUCUCUCCGUCUGAAUACUCGUGCCGUUGAUGAUUUGUAUCCAGUUCUGGAUGAUCUCUACAACGCAAUCAAUUCCACAUCUCGUGUUCCAAUCGAUGCGAAUGUCACUACAAAAGUCAAAAAAUGGCACGAUCGUCUGUCUUCGAUGGCCGCCACUGAUGAGAUUUCCGAUGACGAGGCUCGUCAAAUGAUUUUCGACACCGAAGGCGCUUAUCAGUCAUUCCAGAAGGCGCUCAACGAACAGAAACAUUAA